UUUCCAUGGGCGUGAAAAACGAGAACACUCGUGAGCGGUCCUUAACAGAUGGCGCACGAAACACGCGAAAACUCCUGAGCGGUAAUGUGUUAAUCUAGUCUCUUCAACCUAAGAAUAGGGAUCAAAUCUUAGGCCUCUUUUUCUUCCCUAAGAAAUCAGCAAAGCAUUAGACCUUCAAAAGUUUGUUUUCGGAGGACCUUUUUGCACUUAUGCAAAAAUGACAACUGAAGAGCAACACAUACAUAGCUAAGCUAUAAACUGGCAUAAGAACAAGACUAUUUUUUAAAGUUUCAUUUGAUAGUCAGAUCCCAUAACUAAUAAUGUAGUUAUCUUCCAGUGUAUGUUUUCAAUGCUUUCUGCUUUAUGUAAGUAUUUCAUUACCUCAUUUACUUUUCUUUCUCACCUAAGCAUUGCUCUCAGUGGUCAGUACACAUACUCAUUUCUCAAUCCCAUUAUCUUUUCUGCACUGAAGCCUUCCUGAUAUUUUUGUCUGUUAACUUCAUUAAGAACCAUUACCAUGGUGUAAUUAAAACUCUAAUAAAUGUUGCUGCUAUAAUUUCUCUACACAAUUCUAAAUGUUUCUAAAUUUCUCUACACAGCCUUAAUGUUUCCUGUGGUUUAGCACUCUUCAAGUAAAACUGGUUAAAUAAAAACAUAUGUUAUGGAAACAAUUCAAAUACACAAUGUAUUCACAAAAAGAAACAUGAUGCUUUAGUAACCAGGGAUUGUAUUUAAAUUCUAAAAGUUUCCAAAUGCUCCAAAAGUUUAGAUUUUAAAGUUUUAAAUCUUCUGACAUUUAAUUUUUAUAUAGUCUAAAAAUUAAUUUUCAUUCCCUUAAAAUCUGUCCAUGUUAGCAUUCUUAUUAAUACCUUUCAAAAAAAAAAAAACUUAAGAAAGUGUGCAUACAUAAAUCAAACGAGCGUUUAUUUCAGCCCUAAACAAGUAUUUUCAACGGUAAUAAUCCUUUCAGGUCACGACUUUUUUGUAAAAAGAAAAAACUUUUAGGUUUUUAUAAAGCGACCAAAAAGAAAUCCUCCAGAAUGUGAUUAUUGAUGAUUACACCAGAACCUCUCACUAAUGGCUCUAAAAUUCAAACAUCGCCCCAACUCCCGAGGUAGGAAACUCCAUCCAUAAUGUACCAUUCUAUUCCCCACUACUCUUUAAUGGGUACUUCAUGCUGCUGAGAUUUUAAAAAUGAAUCACCAAAACGGCAAAGGACGGCAAAAAUGUCAACAUAUACCUUACAAGGACUGCAAGGAAACAGAUAAGUCUUUCGAUUCGGACAUGUACAGUUCAGCUUUUUCCACUUCCCCAUCUCAGAAAACACCAAAAUAAAUGUGGAUGGAAAGCCACGGCACGGUUACAAAGCCCCCGGCUACCAGCGAAGUGCCACCCUAGUGGCACUAGGACAAUCUCUAACACUCCGCCGGCCACGUGGCUGUCACAAUUAGGAGGACGGGAGAAACGGCGUAAACUAACCAGAAAUAAAUAAUCGCACUCCUCCCCCCGCCUCGGAGUUCGGGUAGAAGCAAGUAUGUGUCAUUUCUUUGCAUGUAAAGACUUUUUUCCUGUAAGGAGGAAACUAAGUCCAGAGGCCGCUACAAAGAGACUUGAAGUCGAAACCGGGUCAAAGGAGAUGCCGAGAGUGUGCCCCCAAUGAACUGGGUACCCCAACUCCCCCGAGCUGUGGUGGGAAAAAGCAUCCCGAAAAAGGGUCAAAGGGGUGGAGGUGAGGAAGAUGGAGCACAGGCACAGGGGCCGCUUUCCCCGGACUCCCACCGCCCGCCCCGGUUCCAGACUCGCUGCGGCGGCGGCCGUGGGGCAAACUGGAGGCGUAAGAGCCGCACGCACGCCCUCCCAGCUCACACCCAGGAGGGAAGACCGAGGGCAGAGGUAACCGCGGCCCCAAGAGCGCAGGCGAACAGGAAGUGUCCAUUUUGUAGCGCCGAAACACUAACUCCCAUCCCACCUCGACAGCCACCCUCGGAGGCCCCCAGGGCGUCCGCUGGAGGAGGAGCCAGAGGGUGCCGGGGUCGGCCACCCCCACAUCCGGGACCCGAACCCGGCCACCCCAAUGCCCCGGCACCCAACCGCCCGAAGUUCACUCCUGGCUGCGCCUUCCGGGACGCUACUUGGCCGGGCUCAGCCGGAGUCCGCCCGGGGCCGGGCGAGGACUCUGCGCCCCGCACGUCUGGCUCCCAGACGAGCCAGGGAAGGGGCGUUGCAAAGACUCCGGGGGGCCUCGGGGCAGCCACUUCCUUGCACAGCGGAUUCUCCCCAGUCGAACCCUCAGCGUCCUCGGGGUCACCUCCAGCCCUUCCCGAGAGACGGCACCCUUCGCCACAGUUUCCUCCGCGCGACACCCGCUCCCGGGCGGCCAAUACCUUUCAGGAAAAACUCCGAACUCCUCCCGGGGCCGCACUCCCGUCAGUUCGACGCCCCGGGGAGCCCACACACCACCCAAGCGGCGCUCUGGGGAGAUCCCCGAGCCGGAGCCAAAUCCUCAGGACGAAAAUGUCCGGGCGCGUCACGGGACAGCCGCCUCCGGGCCCCACGCCCGGCGCUGGCCGCACGCGCUGCUUGUGCCCGGGAGCUGCGCCGCGACCCCGGGCGGGGAGCGCGGACGCCGGACGGAGUGGGCGCCGUUCCACCUGGGACUCACCGUCAGCUCGGCCGCCGCGGCGGGGAGGCAAGGGACGGGAAGGGGAAGACACAAUAUGGCAGAGCACCGCAGCUGCUCCCGGCAGUUUCCAGCAGCCGCCUCCGGGAAGACGCGGCCACGAGCAGGCAGCAGCAGCUGCGGUGCCGGCCGCGGCAGUACCACAUCCCCCCCUCCCGCUGGCUUCCUCCCUCUCCCCCCGCCCUUCCCCCCGCUGCCAUGGCAACGUGGCGCCAAGGAGAUUAGCCCCGCCCCUCCCUCCCUCGGUUCCCGCCUCCCGCAGCCUCUCGGGAGGAGCGCUCGGCCCGCCCCUUCCCGUCCCCGCCCACCUCAGCUGAAGGGCCGGCUCGGACCCGGAGGCGGCCCAGGAGGGCGGGUAGGGGAAGUAGGGGGCUGCGGUGUCCGGAAGGGCGGGGCUCGCACGGAAGCUUCCAGCCAGGAUCCAGCAACCACCAACACAAAUAGGAAAACCAGUUGGAG